AUGUCAAUGCUUACACGACUCCCUCUUGAGCUUCGCUGCAUGGUUGGCGAGCUGCUCGACGAAAGAACCCUUUAUGCGUUAUGUCUUACCUGUCACGACAUGCAAUCCACAUUUGCCAAGGUCCUUUUCAAACGGAAUAUUGCAAUCAAUAACAGCUCCGGGCUUCAUUGGGCGGUGCAGCAUGACAGACGGGAUAUUGCCAAUAUCUUCUUAUCAUACGGUGCCAACGUUAACGCCAUUGAAAAUGGGGAUUCGCUCCUCUGGUGCGCUGUACGGUGCCAAGCCAUGGACACAAUUGAGCUACUGCUGAACCACCACGAUAUUGACAUCAAUGGGUGCGACGAUCAAGGCCGGAGUAUCCUAUGGUAUGUGUUGUAA